CUUCGCUCAGUAAGCCCAAAAGUAAGCGCCCAGAAGAAAUAUGAAGUAGGCCCCGACCUACAGAUCCCCCCGUCAGCCUUGCGCUCAGGAGUAACAUUUGACACUGUCGUGGCCACAUACAACAUGGGACGAUCUACGAGGAAUCUGUAUGAGCCCAUCGCUCGCACCUCGUUUGACGAGGACGAAGAGAUUGAAUUGGCGAGGGACGAUCCCAUAGAUGGGUAUCCCACUCGUUCUCGAGUCUCCCGCGUCGAUCGUCUGAUAGCCACCUUGUCUCAGACAUCCCGAACAGUGAAGUGGCGCAUACGAAGGCGCUAUUUUACUGCUACCUUCACAGUUCGUAGGAUUGUCUUUUUUCUGUUCUUCAUCCUGUCUGGCCUCAUUAUUACCACCUUUGUAUUAUUCCCUUCCUAUACUCACUUGCCACCUCACUAUCGGGCCCUGCAAUCAGCCGUCCAAGGCUCCACAACUUCAGGCCGGGGAAAUAUACACAACUCUACCGUCUUCAUCGCGGUCAGCCUUUAUGACAAGACUGGAGCUCUGGCGGGUGGCGCGUGGGGCCAGAGCCUCCUGGAUCUGAUCGACAUGAUCGGGCCGGACCGUGUCUUCCUGAGCAUCUACGAAAAUGACAGCGAUGCCAGUGGCGAGCAAGCAUUGUGGGCACUCAGUGAUCGAGUCCCUUGUAACAAAUCUAUUGUGUACGACAAGCAUUUCGACUUCACGGGCUUUCCCACCGUUACGUUACCCGAUGGUUCUAGCCACGUGCGCCGCGUGGCCUAUCUAGCAGAGGUCCGCAACCGGGCCUUACGUCCCUUGGAUGAUCUGAACCAUCGGUUCGACCGCCUGCUCUUCCUGAACGACGUCUACUUCGAUCCCCUGGAUGCCUUGCAGCUUCUGUUCUCGACACAUACCCGCGACGGCCGUCCAGACUAUCGAGCUGCGUGUGCAGUCGACUUUAUCAACCCGUUCAAGUUCUACGAUACCUUUGCCUCGCGCGACCUUGAGGGUUACGGCAUGGGACUCCCAUUCUUUCCAUGGUUCACCACUGCGGGUAAAGCGCAGAGCCGCUCUGAUGUUCUGCAGGAAACUGAUGCAGUCCGGGUGCGUAGCUGUUGGGGAGGAAUGGUUGCCUUCGAUGCCGGGUUUUUCCAGAGCCGGACUCCAACAGCAGCAGACACGGACCAGCCAACCUAUUACCGCGGACGCCGCGUGCCUGUGCAAUUUCGCAGCGAGGAGGAUCUUUUCUGGGAAUCGUCUGAAUGUUGUUUGAUACACGCAGAUAUUCAAAGCUGGCCCUCUUCGUCUUCUAUGGAUGCACAGAAUGUUGGAGGAGAGGAUAAGGUGGAUUCAGGCAUCUACAUGAACCCUUUCAUUCGUGUGGCCUACCACCCUCGCUCUUUCAGUUGGCUUAGAAUUACCCGUCGGGUGGAGAGGCUCUACUCUGUCGCCCAUUGGCUUUCUAGCACCGCGUUUGGCCUUCCGUUUUAUAACCCCCGCCGAGCAGAGAUCCCAGGCGAGGAAGUACAAGAGACGGUCUGGGUUGAGGAUGAAUCGAGUGAAGGGGGUUCGUUUUCGAAAGUGACACGAGUUGCUAAUUACGAUGGAUACUGCGGGAGGUGGGACUUACAGGUCCUUUCUCGUCGAGAGGAGACUGGCGAGGGAGGUUGGGUUUCAGUCCCUGUCCCGAACUUGCCGUCUUGAAACUGCUUGCUCGGGCUGCGGCCAAUCAAUGUUUUUCUCUCAUCUUGAUUUUCAUAUAGACUAUGGCACUAUGUUUAAUGACUGCGUAUGUAGAGGAGUCCAAAGAAACGUAUAGCUCAGUAUUAUCAUCUAACGC